AUGAGGCAGGGAACAGGGAGCAGCUGGUGUCUCAGUGCUGGCCCUGACACCAAGAGCGCUGUCAAUCGAGUCACCAGCCUGCCCUUGCUCAGUUCUGCCUUCAACCUGGUCUCCUCUGCCUACAACCAGACCAAGGAGUCCCACCCCUGCCUCAGUGGCGUCUGCAGCGUGGCUGAGACCGUGGCUGCCGUGGCUGUGGGCAGCGUGGUCGGAGGGGCACAGCCCAUCCUGAGCCAGCUCGAGCCACAGAUUGCCCUUGUGAAUGAAUAUGCCUGUAAAGGUCUGGAUCAGCUGGAGGAGAACUUGCCCUUCCUGCAGCAGCCAGCAGACAAGGUAAUCUCAGACACCAAGCAGCUGGUGUCCACCAAGGUGACAUCUGCUAUGGACGCUGCCUGCGAGGCCAAGGAAGCGGUGGCUGAUAAAGUCACUGAAGCUGUGGACCUCACCAAAAGUGUUGUUGGGGACAGUGUCAAGCUGACCAGGUCUGUGGUCACCUCCACUGUCAGCAGCGCUGUGGAGGCUGCCCAGGGGGCCAAGGAGCUGGUGACCAACAAGGUGACAGAGGCUGUGGAUGUCACCAAGCACAUGGUGGAGGACAGCGUUGACAGGACCAAGUUUGCAGUUGCCUCUACGAUUGUCAAUGCUGUAGAGGCUGCUCAAGGGGCCAAGGAGCUGGUGACCAACAAGGUGACAGAGACUGUGGACCUCAGCAAGCACCUCGUGGAGGACAGCGUUGACAGGACCAAGUCUGCUGUGACUUCCACCAUCACUGCAGCUGUGGGGGCUGCCCAGGGGGCCAAGGACCUGGUGGCCAACAAGGUGACCGAUGCUGUGGACAAGGUCACCAAAGCCGUGGAUGUCACCAAGCACGUGGUGGAGGACAGUGUUGACCUGACCAAGUCUGCAGUUACUUCCACGAUUGUCAGCGCUGUGGAGGCUGCCCAGGGGGCCAAGGAGCUGGUGACAGACAAGGUGACCAAGGCAGUGGACCUCAGUAAACACAUCGUAGAAGACAGCGUUGACCUGACCAAGUCUGCAGUUGCCUCUACAAUUGUCAGCGCUGUGGAGGCUGCCCAGGGUGCCAAGGAGCUGGUGACCAACAAGGUGACAGAGGCUGUGGAUGUCACCAAGCACAUGGUGGAGGACAGCGUUGACAGAACCAAGUCUGCUGUCGCUUCCACCAUCACUGCAGCUGUGGGGGCUGCCCAGGGGGCCAAGGACCUGGUGGCCAACAAGGUGACCGAAGCAGUGGACCUGACCAAAGGGGCUGUUCAAGACAGCAAGAGGCAGCGGAGUUACUUUGUGCGCCUGGGCUCGCUGUCGGGCAGGCUCCGGCACCGAGCAUACCAGCUCUCCCUGGCCAAGCUGCAGGGCUUCAGGCACCGCACCCAGGACACCCUCUCACGGCUGCAGCUGGCAAUAAAACUGAUUCAAUCUGUGAAACAGGAGGUUGGCCAGAAGCUGCUGGAGGGACAGGAGAAGCUCCACCAGCUGUGGGUGGACUGGAGCCUGACCCAGCCCAAAGGACACCAAGUCAGAACUGCCUGCCAGCCAGAGGUAUCCCCGGAAGGUGCAGAGCAGCCCCGCUCUGGGCGCUCCCCGAGCUGUAACCGAGCUGUUCUCUCCCGGCAGGUGGAGCCGCGCACUCUGGCCAUGCUGCGCAUCAUCACCCAGCAGCUGCAGCCCGCCUACGAGAGCCUCAGGCUCAGCAUCCACGGCCUCCCCAGCAGCAUCCAGGACGCUGUGUCUCAGGCCACUCGACACAUCCACAAGCUCCACAGCUCUUUUUCCAGGGCCGUGUCCUUCCAGGACCUCUCCAGAGCCACCCUGGCCCGGAGCCAGGAGCGUGUGGCAGAGGCCCGGAGGUCCCUCGAUGUCCUCCUGGAGUAUGUCACUCACAACACCCCUCUGAACUGGAUUGUGGGGCCCUUCAGGGCCGUGGCUAAAGUGGCACAGGACAGCAGAAAGCACAAGAAGAAAGAGAUGAGGAGUGAUAGAAAAUUACCCAAGCUGGAAAAGGCUCCACUAUCACAGGAGGUGACAAAGGCACCUGAAGAGCCAAAGGGAACCAACAGGCUCUCAGAAAAAUGGUAUGAAGUGCUAGAGAAGCUGGAGGAGAAGGCUGGGAAGGACGCAGAGGUGGCCCUGGCUGCCAAGGAGAUAAAAACCACUGCACCAGAGGAAGAUCUCUGA